GCGGAAUUAUAUACGCGCGCGGAAGAAUUGAUUUCCUCUAAUAUUUAUUGCCGAGAACUUGCACAAAAAUGGGUCUGGAGUUUGGCAACUUACCAAUUCGGAUUCGACGAAUUUUGUAUUACGGUUUAUCACCCGCGGAGCAACGAGCCUGGGCGAAAUCGGUAUCUCACGGAAUACCGAAUCUCGUGGAUAGAACACUGCGUGUACUUCCAACGAUGCUUCCAGCUUUUAUAAUAUCGGCUGCGGCGUACAAAUGGUCGAUUGCGGAACAUUAUCGAUGUCACCGCAAGAAUCCUAAAUUAUACGAACAUGACAAAUGAAGGUGAAUCGAGCUGUUUUUAAUUUCCAUUCUAUUAUUUCUAAUUUGUCCAAAGAAA